GGCCCGGAGGCGCCGCCUCGCCCCGGGGCUCUGGAUCUCGGUUCUUUCAGCUGCCAGCGCCACCGGCUCCACCGCCUCGCUACCCGAAACAAUGAAGCGCGCGGCGCGGAGCUGAGCGCAGCCCUGCACUGGCUCCGAGGCCGAGCCCCCCCACCGCGCCCCACGGCUGCCGCCUCCACAGAGCAGCGCUGGCCGGGAAAGGUGAUCCCGCAGGCCGCCCGGGAGUGCAGGGUAGCUGCGAGCCCCGGGGUGGCACGAGGAGGUGGCGGGGGCAGCACCAGCAGGAUUGGAGCCGCGCGCCAGUCGCCCGCAGCCUUCAAGUUCCGCGGCGCGCGUCUGGCGCCCCCGCCCUGGGUCCGCGCUCCAUAGGGCGUUCGUGUGAGUGUGAGAGCGCAUGGCGCGCGCGCCCGAGCGGCGGCCGGGGAAUAAAAUGUGAGACGCACGUCUCGGACUUCAGCGCCGCGCUUCUCCGGGAGCGCCGAGGUGUGGAGGCGCGGCGUGGGGAAAAGGUUAGUGAGGGACUGCGUGGGGAUCCGGCGCUGGGCCGACGUCUUUCCCGGUGUGCCUGCAGCGUGUGCGCUAUUCAGCACGGAGUUAGACUUCAGCGACAAGCAGACAGACCUGUGUGUGCGGACCUUUGAGGGUGGUUUGGGGAGAAGCAGGACAUUCGGGAGAGGAUUCCUCCCACCUCCCUGUGCUUCUGAACACCCAGCCACUGACCCCAGAGAUCUGCCAUGAAACCACACUUGAAGCAAUGGAGACAACGAAUGCUCUUUGGAAUAUUUGCGUGGGGGCUCCUUUUUUUAGUGAUUUUCAUCUACUUCACUGACAGCAACCCUGCUGAGCCAGCGCCCAGCACCUUCCCCUUCCUGGAGACCCGAGGGCUCCUGCCCAUCCAGGGCAAGCAGCGGGCCAUCAUGGGCGCCAUGCACGAGCCCUCCUCGUCCAGGAGUUUCGAUGCAAACAAGGCGUUGCCAGGUGGACAUCCUGCCAGCCCCUUUCACACAGGUCCAAUGGACCUGCAGAAAUGGGCCCAGGCCCCAGAUGGGUUCGAAAAUGAGUUUUUUUCAUCGCAGGUGGGGAGGAAAUCUCAAAGUGCUUUCUACCCGGAGGACGACGACUACUUCUUUGCUGCGGGUCAGCCAGGGUGGCACAGCCACACUCAGGGAACAUUGGGGUUCCCCGUCCCCGGGGAGCCAUCCCAGCGGGAGGCCGCUCCGCCAGGUGGAGCAGGGCAAAGAAGGCAUGUGAAGAAGAGGCACAGGCGGCAGGGAAGGAGCCACGCGUUGGAGGAGCGCGAGGAUGGGGACAGGCUGUACGCCUCCAUGUCCAGGGCUCUCCUGUACCGGCUUUGGAAGGGGAAUGUCUCCUCCAGAAUGCUGAACCCGCGCCUGCAGAAGGCCAUGAGGGACUACCUGAACACCAACAAGCACGGGGUGCGCUUCCGUGGCAAGCGCGAGGCGAGGCUCAGCAGGGCCCAGCUUCUGUGCGAGCUCCGCAGCCGCGUGCGCGUGAGGACGCUGGACGGCACCGAGGCGCCCUUCUCCGCCCUGGGCUGGCGGCAGCUGGUGCCCGCGGUGCCGCUGAGCCAGCUGCACCCUGGCGGCCUACGCAGCUGUGCCGUGGUCAUGUCCGCGGGCGCCAUCCUCAACUCCUCUUUGGGGGAGGAAAUAGAUUCUCAUGAUGCAGUUUUGAGAUUUAAUUCUGCUCCUACACGUGGUUAUGAGAGAGAUGUUGGAAAUAAAACCACUGUGCGCAUCAUUAACUCCCAGAUUCUGACCAACCCCAGCCAUAACUUUAUUGACAGUUCUUUGUAUAAAAAUGUCAUUUUGGUGGCCUGGGACCCAGCUCCUUAUUCUGCAAAUCUUAACCUGUGGUACAAGAAGCCAGAUUACAACCUGUUCACUCCGUAUAUUCAACAUCGUCAGAGAAACCCAACUCAACCAUUUUACAUACUUCAUCCUAAAUUUAUAUGGCAGCUUUGGGACAUUAUCCAGGAGAAUACCAAGGAGAAGAUUCAGCCAAACCCGCCAUCUUCUGGUUUCAUUGGAAUUCUCAUCAUGAUGUCCAUGUGCCGAGAAGUACACGUGUAUGAAUAUAUCCCAUCCGUCCGGCAGACCGAGCUUUGCCACUACCACGAGCUGUACUACGACGCGGCCUGCACCCUGGGGGCCUAUCACCCGCUGCUGUACGAGAAGCUCCUGGUGCAGCGCCUGAACACAGGCACCCAGGCAGACCUGCAUCGCAAGGGCAAGGUGGUCCUGCCAGGCUUCCAGGCCCUGCCCUGCCCUGCACCAGGCCCCAUCGACCCCCAGGCUUAAAAGCGACUCUUGGAAAUUAAUGUGCAAUAAGGUACUACUGUUGUCCUUGAAGUCACAAAAGAAUACUUGAAACUAGAUUUUAGACGAUGUAGUCUUGAGUCUUUAAACUGUAAUUUAGUGGUGACCAUGAGAAUUCUUCUCUUUCUAAAGCCAUUGAGUAUUUAUUACUGCUUUGAAUAUAGAAAUGGAAUUUUAAAAAAUACUCAAGAAAGAUGCAAAAAAAAAAAAAAAAAAAGAA